AUGGGGGAGGAACAGUUUGGGGUACGACAUGUGAUAGGCGCUCCAAUUGCGACCACAAGACUUGCUGAGCAGGCGUUAGUCUGCAUACCACCGAGAGCUGCCAAGUUUACUCUAGCAGAAUGGAAGCUGAGCAACGAUCAAAGAUGCAGAAACACCGAAGACCAACAGCAAUUGGCAGACAGAGUUCUUGGAGAAAGCGACAGAAUUCGCAAAGAAACUGGAGAAAGGUCAGAUAUUAUGAAAGCAACCGUCGACAGGAGGUUGGAAGAACGAAUUGGUGACGUGGAGUUCAAUAAGAACGAGCUGCAAAUUCAAAGACGGGAAAUUUGUAUUGAAUUAGAGGCUCUUGGCGUUUACAAGACUAGACUUUUAGAUUGUCUUGCAUCGUUACAAAGUAAUGCUCUAACUAUAUGCCGGAAAUGCCUUAUGUUGAGAGAUGGUCGCAUUGGGAUUGAUCUGGUCGUUGACGAAGCAGAACAUGCUCUUCAGCAAGAGAUAACAACUAUACUUGGAGGGCAAUCACUUUUGAAGAGAACACUGGAGCAGCUCAAUGAACAGAUGAGACGUUUGCGAGCUACUCGGUACCUUCUCGACCGAGAUCUUCAAUAUAAACAGGCAGCAAUUGAUUUGGAUGCUGGCUCACUUUCCCUAAAGCCAACGGAUCUUUGUUUGUCAGUGUAUGAAGGCUACGCUAAUUUGGAUCCGGCAAAUAUUUCCGCUGAAGAAUACAACGCUUAUUCUGCAAACAAUAUUAAACUUGCAGCUAGGGAAGUAACUAGCGCCCGUCCUAUUCGUAUGUUUGUUGAUACCUUACUCAAACAGGUAAUCGAUGACUUAUGGGUUGCUUAUAAGAAAUGCAACCACGCAUUUAAUGAAAGAAUAAUUGAGACGAAAAUUGCGAAAGCAAAGCUUGAAGAUAUGCAUCGUGAAACUACGCAAAAGAUCGCUGAUAUGCAGAAUAACAUAUUGGAGUUGCAGAAAGCCUUGGCCCAGAAGGAGGGUAACGUGGGCCUAGCUCAUGUCAGGCUUGGAAGAAGAGCUCAACGGGUUGGUGCUGAGUUGGUUCGUGAUCCGCCAGGCCAGGCUUUGUAUUAUGAAUGUGAAAUGCUCCGCCAUAGCGUUGAGCAACUUCAGCAAAUGCUUCAAGAGGCGACAUCAUCACUCCGUUACCUUUUGCAAACCCAGAUUCAGUUAGAAGAAGACAUAAAUGUUAAAAUGAACACACUGAAGAUUGACGAAGUCGACUGUAUGACUUUGAGAGAAACUAUGGACUAUCACGCGUAUUAA